AAGUAAAAGAGUGCUUACCAAAUGGCGGACCCGGCAAGUAUGGAGGACGCUAAAGUUGAUAUAUCCGAAAAACAGACGUUACUCGCAGUGUUGCAAUUUCUCAAGAAACACAAUCUAAAGGAAACAGAGACUUUGCUAAAGAAAGAAGCCAAAGUCAGUGAUGAAGAGUACAAGACAGAAGACAGUGGGCCAAGCGCUUCAGAAGUCUCUCAUGCUUUAGCAGCUUACAAGAGUGAUGACGAUCCCAGCAUCUAUGAAGAUCUGUACACUGAUAUCAAAGCCUUCAUUGAUUCUUGUCUUGAUGUACACAAGGUGGAGUUGGCAACCAUCUUGUAUCCAGUAUUUGUACACAUGUAUCUGGAGCUUGUCUACAAUGACCAUGAACGUUUGGCGAAGAACUUCUUUGGAAAGUUCUCGCUGGACCAGGAGGAGUAUUACAAGGAGGACCUGAUGAAGCUGUCUACUGUGUACAAGAAGGAGCACAUGGCCGGCAACCAGCUGAUGGAUAACUUCAAAUCCAGCAAGUUCGUCAUCCGGAUGUCACGUGACUCCUACACACACCUCAAGCGCCACCUACAGGAGAAACAACUCUCUCGGCUUCUCAACAUCAUCCAGGAACAUCUCUUCAUAGACGUGUUUGAUGGGAUCCCCCGCAACAAGCAGCAGAUUGAUGCGUCCAGUGGGGGUCUGCUGGGGGAGUCGGACCGGGAAGCCAACAAGGUCAAGGUGUACUAUGGGUUGCUGAAGGAGCCAGAUCUCAACAUCCCCCUGGAAGAGGACGAGGACACCACAGAGGGGGAGGGGGACAAGCCAAAGAAAAAGAAACCAAAAAAAGACCCUCUGUUGAUGAAGAAGUCCAAAAAUGAUCCCAAUGCUCCAUCCAACACAAGAAUACCACUGCCCGAACUAAAAGACAUGGAUAAGAUCGAGAAAAUCAAUGCAUUCCGAGAAGCCAUGAAGAGAGUGAAAGUAGAUCGAGACCAUAUGCCGUCAGUGUGUUUCUAUACACUGCUCAACUCCUGUCAGGGUGUGACGUGUAUUGAGGUGUCAGAAGACUCCAGUCUCAUCAGUGUGGGCUUCAAUGAUUCCUUCAUCCGAGUUUGGUCCAUCACGCCUGACAAACUCCGCUCUCUGAAGACUCCCACGGAACUCGAGAUCAUAGACAAGGAGGCUGAUGAUGUGCUGGAACGUAUGAUGGACGAGCGGUCAGCGACAGAGAUCAAGACCCUAUGUGGUCACAAUGGCCCUGUCUACUCCAUCAGCUUCAGCCCAGACAAACACAACCUUGUCUCCGCCUCUGCUGAUGGAACCAUUCGCCUGUGGAGUUUGCAGACAUGGACCAACCUGGUGUGUUACAAGGGCCACAACUACCCUGUGUGGGAUGUGAAGUUCAGUCCCCAUGGCCACUACUUCGUGUCCUGUGGACAUGACCGGACAGCCAGGCUCUGGUCAACUGACCACUACCAGCCUCUCAGGGUAUUCGCAGGCCACCUCUCUGAUGUGGAUAGUGUCCAGUUUCACCCAAACUCCAACUACGUUGCCACGGGCAGCAGUGACAAGAUGGUGCGGCUCUGGGACGUCCAGAGUGGAAACUGUGUCAGAGUCAUGUCAGGCCACAAGGGAGCAGUGCAUUGCCUGUGUUUCUCCCCUGAUGGUCGCACUUUGGCUUCAUCAGGUGUGGACCAGGUGGUGACACUGUGGGAGCUGGCUAGUGGCACGAUGCUGGCACAGAUGAAGGGGCACACAGACAGUGUGUAUUGCCUCUGCUUCAGCAGGGACGGGGGCAUCCUCUCAUCAGGUAGUCUAGACAACACUGUACGAGUGUGGGACAUCAAGAAGGUCUACGAGGAGCUGGACUCUGACUCAGACGCUAACAUUCCAAGCACAUUGCAUGUCAAUGACAGCCCAAGUCUACUUAUAACUACCUACAAGACAAAGAGCACACCCGUGUUGACCCUCCACUUCACUCGACGCAACUUGCUGCUAGGCAGUGGGGCAUUCUCCAUCACUUGAACCUGGGCACACAAGGGUCUUCUGAUGUCUCAUGAUGGAGGAUUGUCUGAUUGCUACUGUGAUGGUCUGGUAAAAUAGGGCUCCACAAGAGUCAACCCAAAGAAUCAGUUGGUCAAACUCAGUGACUUGGUUGAUUUCAUGGAUCAUAACCGAUAGCAUGGAUCAUUGCUCACAAUAUGGAUCAAUGGAUUGUCUGCUUCAGACUUGAUUACAUACAGGCUGCAUCAUAUAGCUAGAAAUAUUGCUCACUGCAGCGUUAAACAACAGACAAAUACUUUGAUGGCUAUUCGUUGAGCAGUCUUUGUCUUGGAUCGGAAUAAAAACCAAAGUAGAUAGAAGGAGGAAUCAUCACAGGAUCUGUCACCUGAACACAGCUGGAGAUGCUGGUCAUCUCUUGCAUGGUCUCCGAGGUAGCCAAGUGGGUCAAGCGUUCACUCAUUUAGCAUUUAGCUAAUGGUGUGGGUUCUAUUCCCAUAAUAGGUAGAAUGUGUGAAGCCAAUAUUGAAAUUUCACUUACUAAGCUGAUAGUGCUGGUUCUAUUCCCAUAAUGGGUAGAAUUUGUGAAGUCCAUGUUGUUGCAAAAGGGGCACAACUUGAAUGGAUGCAAUGUAUGUGUUGUCACUCACUCUCACGCUGUUGACUCAAAAAUAGAAUCAUCCCAGGCCCUGAGAAGGGGUGUAGAAUGUAUGGUCUGAAAGUCUGAAUGGUUACGCAUGGGAAGUGCUAUUUCAUGUAGAUCGACUGAAAGAAUGCAAGGACUGUUGUGUAUGAUGAACUAUUUGAUGCUGAAGUGUUGAGGAUCUCCAGGCUGCACACUUCCAGGUACAUUUUACAAGAAGGAACAUUGAGGAACGUGUAGUGCUGCUUCACCAGCAACAGAGAUUGUUUGUGGGUUGGAAAAUUUCUGUGAAAUUAUUCAAUCUACCUUGUGACCUGAGAUCCUCCACUGUCAUUUCAACUAAGCAGUCUUGGUGCUGAGAUGAUCGUAUUUUAACAUAGACUUACGGGGAAACAUUGAUCUUCGUAGCACGAAGAUCAUUUUGCGGAACAGUGCUCUAAUAUGUUUCAACAUUUGUCACCUCGGUACCAAGCAAUAUUGUAAUGCAGUAGGAAAUCAACAGGACUUCCUUAAGUUCGCGAUGAUUGUGUGUAUCUCCACAUUAUGGCCUGAUGUAGAAUGUCUGGGAGAUAUUGCCAUACCCUCAUUGUUCAUGUGAAGUACAUAUAUUGGUGAAACUGCCUAUUGACAUACGAAUAAAUAUUUAUAUAAAA